CUUGCGUGUGUGUGUGAAAAGCAAGCGAGCGCGGUAAAGUUGGAAGGUCAAAGUGGCCAAAAACGAGGAGGGCAAGAUGGUGGCGGCGACUGAACCCGGUCUGCCGGCCAGCCUGGCACAAUUAAUUUCCACCGUAUCGGGAGUGAAUUUUGACUCUUGCGUUUGGAAAUUUUUAUAAACCCAUUUUUUAAUAAUUUGUAUAAUGUAUAUUGCCUAAAAUCUACUUCCUCAAAACUAACAGCACGUUUUCGGUGUAUAUUAGUGUAUUGACAGAUUUUAUUAAUUAAAUGCUUGGUUUAAAUUAGCUGUACAUAAGCAACGAAUUAUUUGCGAGGUAGCGGAUGUUUUCAGCCACGUGUGAUUUGGCGGGCUUAGCCAUUGACGAUUGUAUUUGGCAUGGACUGUAGAACCAUGUGUGUCUAGCAUUUUUCGUGUGAGUUUCAAAGUGUUUAAUAAUUCGUACACACCUACGUAUUCUGAUAAUAUUCAGAGUGCCGAAUAUUAUAACAUUUCCUUAAAUAAAUUUUCAGUAUUAUCUGUACUCUUAUUAGCGACGUAGUCUUCAUGCGAUAGGAAACAAGUGUAAUGUAAAUGGAGGUGUGCAUUUUGUAACUGAUGCCCCAUUCAACAUGUGGAAUGAAUUAUGCGUUCUUUCACUGAGAGUUUAGCUUUAAUAUCAUUUCUUUCGCUCUCGAGACGAUAAACAGUGUCUGACCAAGGCAACUGUGAUGAAGAAAGAUCAUUAGCCUACGUGGUUACAAUAAUGGAUUCGAUUUCCUUGUGUUUUUUGUGAUGUGCUGAAGAUGGGAUCCUGGAGUGUAUUUUAUAAGGCCAAUUACAUCAGGCUUUUUGUUCAUUGUUACUACACAUAAUCGUGCUGUGCUAUCAGGUGAAGAGGGAAGAAUUAUAAAACUGUGAGGCAUGAUUAGCCAGUAUUAUUUGAAUGACAUGUGGUGAAGUUCGUGCUUGUGACUGUCCCCGCCUGACCACUUGUUGCGUCGCGACGCGGUUUCCAACGUCGUCAGGGCUGAGCGGAACAAUUAAACUGGUGUGUACGCAUCAUAGAACUGUCUGCUCUUUCUGGUCCCGCAAAGUCACUGGAUUCCACCUCCUACUUCUUGUACCCCCCCUCGUUCCUUCCACUGUGGGCCUUGGUCAAGGACUUCACCGAGAAAACAGAAGAAACAAGAAGAAAACUAAUACUAGAAGAAGGAAAUCAAAACAUGAGGCGCGAUAUCAGCUGGGCCCUGAGGUGCAUCAGAUGUUUCAGCAGAGGAUGAAGAAGAAUUCUGCUGUUGUAGGAACAUGGGCAUCUUGGUCACAUUGGAGCCCUUGCACAAGGUCCUGUGGGGGCGGAGUUGCUAUGCAGACCAGAGAGUGUCAAAAUCAAGAACAAAAGUUGGAAGGUAUGCGAAGGCGCCGAGUUGUCAUUGAUGCGGGGGAAAAUGCAGUCUACAGUUCUGGGAGCAACACCCCGCACAUGGAGAGUCAAUGUGUUGGCGUCUACAAACGCUUUCACAUCUGCAACGACCAGCUGUGCCCGCCUGGAUCGAUGGAUUUCCGAAGAGCACAGUGCGAAACCUUCAAUGGAAAGAAAUUCAUGGGACGGACCUACCUCUGGGAGCCGUUUCUUGACGCUCCUAACAAGUGCGAACUGAACUGCCGGGCAGUCGGGUUCCGGUUUUAUGCGACGCUAAACAAGACGGCAGUAGACGGGACGCCAUGCCACGGUGCCAACAGCGAGCGAUGGGUGUGCGUCAGUGGCUUGUGUAAGCACGUGGGCUGCGACGGAGUUGUGGGCUCCGCCAAGCGGGUUGAUGCGUGCGGCGUCUGCGGAGGGGACAACAGCACCUGCCGCGUCGUGUCCGGGCUCUUCACGCGACCUCAGCUCCCCGUAGGGUACAAUAUCAUCGCCCAGAUCCCGCGCGGUGCAUGCAACAUCACCAUAUCGGAGCUGAAGCAGAGCCGCAACUACUUGGCUCUGAGGCGCUCUGAUGGCAACUACAUCAUCAACGGGAACUGGGCCAUUAACUGGUCUGGAGAAUACGAGGCCGUGGGGACACGCUUCACCUAUCGACGCCAGGACGCCAACAGCGGCGAACUGAUCGAGGCACCCGGACCACUACUGGAUCCUGUCGACCUCGUGGUGAUCUACCAACAGCCAAAUCCGGGUAUCAAGUACGAAUACAUGCUGCCGAUGAAACCAGGAGAUCUGACACCAGCCAUGAUGUCUGUCCCAUCACUGUCCCGGACCAUUUCAGAUAAUGGGAUAAUUGCACCUCCCUUACUCCUCCCACCAGGCUUCAGUAAUCCAACUGAUGAUAUUACUGUGAAGAGUGGACCCACACUUGAUGCAGUUGACACCAGAAGAUCUGAUGAUCCUCUAUACCCAUAUGGCAGUGGGGUCCAAGGUACUGAAUCUCAGGGUCAUGGAAAUCACCAUCCUGGUCACCAUAAUGUGACACCAAUCGGAGAUGAAGCCCACAAACCACAAACUAGAACCCGUGCUCGAAAGCGAAAAUUUGUAUGGAAAAUAACUGGAUAUACAGAGUGUACAAAAACGUGUGGAGGAGGCUCUCAGUUGUCACUGGUGAGGUGCGUGAAAGAACACAAUCAACAAGUGGUAUUGGACAGACGAUGUUCGCACCAUGAUAAGCCUCUUCCUCAAACAAUUCGUUGCAGCAUUAAACCAUGUCCUGCAGAAUGGGUGGGUGGUGAGUGGAGUGAGUGUUCUGUGACUUGUGGAGAAGGAAUCCAGAAGAGAGAUCUGAUAUGCAAGCAGGAAAUCAGUCCUACACUCACUAUGAAAGUGGUAGAAGGGGCAUGUCUGACACCACCAGUUCUGCCUCGAACAGAAAAGUGUGUGCUUCCUCCAUGCUCGCAACUUCUGCCACAGGCACCACAACAACAUGAGGAGCCAUGGAAGUCUAGAUGGCAGGUUGGCCACUGGGGAAAGUGUUCAGUUGUAUGUGGGCAAGGUAUCCGCUCUCGAUCAGUAAAAUGUCUGGGUCCAGGCAGCAGAGAUUCAGAUAAUUGCCCACAGGAUGAAAAGCCAGCAAAUGAGGAAACUUGUGAUAUGGGCCACUGCCCCGCUGAUAUAUAUGGGUCAUGGUUCUUCACAGAGUGGACACAGCAUUGCUCUGAAGAUUGUGGAACAGGCGUUCAGACCCGGAAAGUUCACUGUUCAGGACCAGGAUUAGAGUCAUGUGAUGCAAGCUCUAAACCUGAUGAGACCCGUGCCUGUUCAAGUGACAAGCAGUGCAGCGGCAAAUGGUUUACUAGCCCUUGGGGACAGUGUUCAUCUGGAUGUGGGCAUGGCCGCCAGACUAGGGAUGUCAUCUGUGCCACAUUUCUUCGAGGACAGUACAGGGUAGCACUUGAUAUGAAUUGUCCAAGUGGACUGAAACCAGAAACUGAACGUCCAUGUGAGAUGAAAUCCUGUGGUCCUGAAUGGUUCUUUACUGACUGGACACAUUGUUCCAGAGAAUGUGGCACAGGCAUCCAGAAGCGAGAACUGAAAUGCAUGGAAGAAAAACAGCAGAUUUCCACUGGCUGUCCUGAAGAAAAGCGACCUCCCAAUAAACGGAUAUGCAACACUCAUGAGUGCUCCAGCAGUCAUACAGGUUUUCAAUCUAAAGCAGAAACAGAUGCUGAAUUUAAGAAUGGUGCAGGUGAUCAGGCACUUCCGGGAGAACAGGAUGAAGGGACACGAAAAGGUGUUGACUGUGAUGAUGAGUUCCGAAACUGUCAUCUGGUGGUCCAGGCAAGACUCUGCAAAUAUAAGUAUUAUCGAAAUUACUGUUGUCAUUCCUGUCAUAAGAAAUCAUAGAUAUUGCAUUUGAUCACUUUUCAUUUUUAACAUUAGCUAGCACGUGUACUUGCAGGCAUAUAAAUCUUACCAUUACCAGAUGUCACAUUUCUUACUGCCAUUCUUGCCAUGAAAGUCCAUAUACGUUAAGUCAGUAGUUAUAUUUACUCACUCCUUAGGAAGAUAUUUGUUGGAAGCAGAGAUUUAGCACAGAUUAGAGGAUCUAAAUUUGGUGCUUUAUAAUUCAUGUUUCAGUUUUAAAUUUAAUAUCCAUUACAGUAUAAUACCGAAUUGUAUUGCUCCAUUUAAACUUUGUAAAAUAUUCCCAAGGCUGGAUGUUGCCUGCUUCAUACUACUAAGUGUGAUAUAUUUCUCGUUAAAUAUUUAACAUUUGGUGGUUAUAGAACUGCAUAUUCUGUGUAUUUGUGUACAGUAUCUUUGAGAGGAGAGGCGAUUGAUAUCAUGUUCCCAUAGUUAUCGGCAAAGGAACAGAGUUUUCCACUCUUGUUUCAAAGUUAAUAGAAAUUUGGCUGAUUCUUAAGCCAGCUGAUAGCCUUUUGAUUGUAGUAAAUAAUGUUUUUACAAGUGUAGUUUUGUCUGAAUUUUCGAGUUUCUUGAAUGUAAUAAAGAGGUUUAAGCAACCCAGUAUCAUCGGCAUCAUCAUUGUCAUCAACUUUAGUCAGUUAUUGGGCCAUGUGGCCUGUUACAAUUUCACACUAUCUCUACACUAGGAGCCACUACUGCCAUUGUAAAAACCUAAUGUUUCUAAUUUGUAUUAACAUCUUUCUAGUUGUUAAGUAAUUUUUUUUUGUGAAUUAUUCUAUGAUGCUGUCAGUAUCUCAGACUGUAUAACUUAGGAUGAAUGGUGAAUAAUGAAUUGCAAGGGAUAUAAAUGGAAGUGGUUAUGGUAUAAUCAAGGUACUGUCCAGCCAUUCACCUGGAGAAACUGAAGAAAACCACGAAAACCCUCAGUCAAGAUAGUUGAUGCCCCAGCUGAAAUUUGAACACAGAAGCUUUCAAUACAAGUCUAGAAUAUUACUGCUACACCAACCUGUUAAAUUGUUCAAUACAUCCAUGACUUAAUUAUGAUGUAUGUCAGAAAUGAAAAACAGGCAUUUAGUGGCAGUUUUUGGAAAAGAAGACAGUCCCCAGGAAAGUAGAGAAAUAAUUUUUCUGUACACUGCUAAAGUAAUACAUUCUGCAUCAACAAAUUACUGAAAUUGUAUUAUUAUAUGAUAUGCAGUAUAGUCGGGUGAGUCAUUCAUGUACAGAUGCAGUAUUUAUGAUGAGACAAGCAUCAAAAAAGGCAGUGGAAUGUAAUAAACCAACCUUCUUCUCAGUUUUAAAGGAAUGUGGCAGUGAUGUAUUAGACUAGGGGAUGACUUGAGUUCCUGGGCUUGGUGCAUCACCUAUUAUUCUGAAAAAACACAGCAUUUCAGAAAAUAGAUGUUUCUCGCGUCAUAUAAAUGUGAUGAUGAUGCAUCUAUUUAGUUGUGUUGAUUAGAAAGUGAUAAUUUCAGUGAUUGUUUUCAUUCAGAAUACUAGAUGAGGACAAAGUCCAGAAAUUCUGUAAUUCCCAGCAUUCUUAGUCUUCUGAUAGACAGAGAAAGCUGUUGUCAGUCUCAAGUUAAAAUAUAUUUUAGGUAUUUUUGAAUCAAAAUAAUGUAUGAAAUUGGCUUCACUUGUUGGUCACAGGCAUAUAUAUAUAGAUAUCAGUAUAAAAAUCGAGGUAGAUAGAUUAUCACCAAAGAUAUCGAUUAAGAAAAGGGUAUAAGUUGUUUGGUAGGACAUGGCCUCUGAAAUGUGCAAGAGGCAGGGUAACAGUGGUGUCUGCUAAUAUUAAUGGCACAUGUAGAGGUAGAGCUUGUCCUGUAUUACUAAACACGAAAACAUAGGUAGAGACUGAAUAACUUUAAGUGGCUGGUGCAGCAAAGCUACUGUGCAUCUCAAGGCCAUAGCUCAUGUCACACCAAACCUACUGUGCAGGAAGGAGAUUUUUUAAUUCAUUUUCUUUGUGUAAUGUAAUAAACAAAAUGAUAUAGGAUAUAAAGUGCAAACAAGGCUAUACAUUAGAUGAAGAGAAAUAAAUACUCGCUGAUAUGCAAGUGAUGCAGCAUUAGUUGCAAAGUAGUGAAGAUAACGUGCAUAUACUGUUGCAUCAAUUUUCAUUUUGUCAGGGUUUAAAUGAGAAUUUCUGUCACUAAGGCCAGAACCAGUGACAGUAAGUAAAGAGUGACUAUGCUGUGGGUAGGAUCUUCAAAAUAAAAUUCUUUAAUGAAUAUAGAAUUAUAGGAUUCUUUGAUUUUAAAUAAUAGUAAUGGUGUGUUGCAAAUGGAAGUCCAACAACAAAAAAAUAAGACAUCCAGAAUAUCUCAGUGCUUAAAUGAUACUAUACGGAAAAGUAUAUGCUUUCUACAAAAAAACAGAAGUAAGAUUGUGUAAAAAUUACCAGGCUCAUAAAGAUCUAUGCAGUUGAAAGAAGAGCAAUUAUCACAGAAACAAAAAAAUAUUGGAAAAUAUUGAAAUGGACAUUUGAGAAAGAUAAGUGGAUAAAGUAGGAUACACCAUGGCAAAGAUAUCAGCUGUCAGUGCAGUAUGUAAGAAAUAGGAGACUGGGUAAAUAUACUAAGUACUUAAUGGAAUAGCCAUGUAUCAUAAAUUACAUCUGAUCAGAUUGUGUGAAUAGGAAGAAAUAACUGCAACAAGAACUGAGUCCUGAAAGACUGCAUAAAAGAUGGCGGGAUUCUUGCUCCGGAGAAAACAGACCCAUGACCCAAAGAAGAAGAACAAGGUUUAAUUAGGAAUGAUAUUUAAGGAUCAUAAAAAUGGUAUAAUGUAAAUAUAAAUAUAUAUAUAUAUGUAUGCCAAACCUCAUUGCACAUUGUAUUAUUAAUUUCUCGAUAUUAAGAUUAGCAGCACCUGUAUGAUGAGGAAUUAGCUUCAGAUUGUAAAGAGUUUCGCUUCUUUAAACAGUGUUUGUGCCAAAUGUACUGUCUCUUGAAUUCAACAGUGAUGUAGAAUACCUAGCCAGAUAUUCUGGAAAUAAGUUAUCAAUAUAAAGUACAUAUUCCUUCUGUAAAUGUGAGCAUCUGUAUGGCUGAAACAUUUGUAUGAUACAAUUUUCUAUGAAUUGUCAUGGUUGUGAAAUGAAUUUAAAACUGUACGAUUUAAAUUAAUUUCCUUAUUGGCAGUGUUCAUGAAUCUCUAAGGUAAUUAUGCAUAGGUGAUAGGUCACCUCAUAAUCAUGAAAGAUGAUCAGUUAUAUACUGAGGAAACGUUUGAAGAAGUUUGCAGAAUACACUUAUGAACUCUUGAGUCACAGUCUUUCUUGUUUUUGCAUUGUUUUGAGAAUGUGUGACUUACCAAUUCUCAGAUAUGUGUAUGAAUGUAAGAGCACAUGUAGUUUUGUAUAUACAUUAAUAAAUUAAUUUUAUAUUA